AUGAACGACAAACUGAUAGAAGAAUUUAUGAAAUAUGUCGGUAAACAAGAAGCUGUAAUUACCUUGCAAGUAUAUUUAGAACUGUGUGAAGUAAAGAGAUACUACGACGUAAACUAUUACCAUAACACAGAAAUAAAUAAGGUAGUACUAACGGCCAAGAAAACGAAGAACGGCCCUAUCAGUGCUUUUAUACCAACAACAGUUUACAAAAACUUGAACUUUUUGACACUUCAGAAGUUCAUAACAACGAACCCUUUUGAUAUCGUCUACUUAGUCAUCGUCCAUUCGGAUUCGACUUGCGUCUACUACCAAAUAUCAAAUGGUUUAGUGGAGCCAACCGAAACGACGGCCAAACAUCUAAGAGAGAAUAAACGGGAGGCAUUAGACAGCGACCUAAGGAAGAAUAGAGAACUAUUGGAACAAGCAGCCCUGAUGGGUGUCGCUAUUACCAUUAAAAAGACUGAAUCCAAGUGA